AUGGUGAAAACCAGCCUGCCGCACCGAGUUGCCGAUCGGACGAUGGGACAAUCACCAUCGAGAGCCGAGAAACCGUUGGAGCAACACUCCAACCUCCGACUGUCCAGGCUUGGGCCAGGGCCUUCGGGACGGGGCGUUAUGCGACUUCGCGGGUGCAAGGGGGAAAACGGGGGAGGGGGUGGGCCGGCUAACGCAACAUCAUCCCCGCGGGGGCGAGGGAGAUGGGACGAUGGAGAAAGAGGAACAACGAAAAAGAGCGUCGUCGUUGAAGAGAGAGCGAGGUCGGGUUUUUAUAUAGAUCGAGCAGUGUGA